AUGGCUGCGUACCAGCAGAUCCGGGACGCAUCUCCCGCCGCAGAUCACCAGGAUUUCGAGGAGCAUGAGUUGCAGAUCAACGAGAAGGACAAGGCUCCAGAUAUCGAUGCCGAGGAUGCGAGACUCUUGUCUGAAGAUGAAGAUGGCCUGAAGCCUGCUCCGAAAAGCAGACAGAGGCCGCCGAUAUGGCUGAUCGUUCUGCUGUGCGUCUUGGCCGUCUUGGUAGGCGUCGCGAUAGGAGUGUUAAGCUUCCUCUGGGUCCGAAAUAAGAACAAGCAGAGCUCGAGCACGACAGUUGCAUUCCGUCGACCAGCAUCUGAAUACGUACUAGAUCCCAACUGGAACUACAAUGCAAAACCAACAAGACGGGAGUAUAAUUGGGUGAUCAAGGACAUUGUCGCAAAUCCUGAUGGGGUCUUUCGGCCUAUGGUCACCAUUAAUGGCAUGUUUCCUGGUGAGCUGAUCGUCUGUAAUGAGGGAGACACGAUCGUGGUCAACGUGGACAACCAGGCAAAGAAUGCCACCUCCAUACACUGGCAUGGCAUCUUUCAGAAUGGCACAAAUUGGAUGGACGGCACGCCUGGCGUAACUCAAUGCCCAAUCGCUCCAGGGCGUAAGUUCCGGUAUGAGUUCACCGUGACCGGACAGUCGGGAACAUACUUCUACCACGGCCAUCAAGCAGCCCAGGGACUGGAUGGCUUGGUCGGGCCAAUAGUAGUCCAUUCGCGGGACAAGACCGACCGCCAGCAGAUUCCCUAUGCGAGCGAUCGCGUGGUCAUGCUCCAGGAUUGGUAUCACGAUCUCUCCGAUGGUCUCCUCCGGCAGACCUUGUCCCCAGGAGUCGAGUCCUCGCCCGUGCCCAACGGGGCCCUGAUCAACGGCGCCAAUAUCGUCGACUGCUCGCUGCAUCCCCAUCGCAAAUGCGACAACUCUACCGCGUCCCUGCCGACAUUCGACCUGGCACCCAACGAGCACCACCGCCUGCGCAUAUUGAAUGUCGGCGCGUUCGCUUGGUUCGAAGUCACGGUAGAUCACCACCUCAGCCUCCCGGUCACCGCGGUAGAUGGCGUCGGCGUCGAGGCCACCGCCGAUUCCAGCCUCCUUGUCGGCCCGGGCCAGCGGUACAGCGUCGUCCUGAACGCAAACCAGACCGAUUCGAAAGCAUUCUGGCUCAGGGCACGCAUGCUCAACCACUGCUUUGCCGAGAACGUCCUGCCCGAGAACGGCAUGGCCGAGGCCAAGGCCAUCGUUCAAUACGGCUCAGGGGCGUCUGCAAACACGCAGCUGCCGACCACCGAGAAUGACAGCGGCAGAUACGCCGUCACUUGCAGAGACCCGGCGCCGGGGACGUACGUGCCUGCACCGGCGCAGGCCGCCCCCGAGUACGCACAUCAGUCCUGGUAUCUCCGGGUGAACCUUGAGAUUGGGGACUGGCGUCUCGAGCGCGGCUUUCUGAACCAAAGCACCUAUCGGCCAAGCCUGUCAUCGCCCAUGCUGCAUAGGGUCGUCGACGGUCUAGCCGCCAAGAAUGAGACUUUUGAGGUGGAGGGCGUCAACGCCAGAGCCUUCGACACCGAGUCCGAGCUCGUCAUCAGCUCGAAAGAAAUCGAGACAGUAGAUAUCAUCAUGCAGAACUUCGAUGAGGGAAACCACCCCUUCCAUUUGCACGGAUCGCAAUUCUUCGUUCUCGCUUCCGGCCACGGCUACUUCCCCGGCUAUGAGAGCCUGGGUUUGCGGCCAAAUGGGAAAGGCCUGCUGGAUGCCACAAACUCGAGCAUCAUCGACAACCCUCUACGGCGAGAUGUCGCCACCGUCGAGGGCUUCGGCUGGCUCCUGAUCCGAUUCGUUGCCGACAACCCGGGCCUGUGGCUUUUCCACUGCCACAUGAUCUGGCACGGGGAAGCGGGUAUGGCUAUGCAGUUUCUCUCGAGACUGGACGUGCUCAAGAAUUGGAAGAUUCCAGAGCAGAAUCGUCAGCUUUGUGAGGUAGGCAUUCAGGAGCUCGAAAAGGGGUCUUGUCCGAAGGAUAGCAUCUUCUAUGGCACGACCUGA